AUGCAAACCCAAGGUCAUCGCAAGUUUACAUACAUUCGACUUUCUCCGUGCGAUGAUGACGUGGCACGGUUGCGCGCAGGCGGGUCGCUGUUCCUGUUCGAUCGGAAGGUGGUGCGGUACUUCCGCCGCGACGGGCACGUGUGGCGCAAGAAGAAGGACGGCAAGACCGUUCGCGAGGCGCACGAAAAGCUCAAGGCGGGCAGCGUGGACAUUUUGCACUGCUAUUACGCGCACGCGGAGAGCGAUGACCGCUUCCAGCGCCGCUGCUACUGGCUGCUCGACGGGGAGAACGAGAACAUUGUCCUGGUGCAUUACCGUGAAGUGGCUCAGGGCACGGGGCGGGCGCAGCAGUCCCCCCGACACAGCACAGUCGACUCCAUGCCAAUCUAUGCCGGCCAGGGCCCCGAUAUGAGCAUCGACGACCUCUCCGCGUCCGUGGGCGGCGGAGUGGGGGGUAUAGGCGGCGGCGGCGGCGGCGGCCGCAGUGUUGGCAUGACGCUAAUGGGCGCGGGCAGCAGCGCGGCUGGCGCGGGUAUAGGCAGCGUCAGCGCCGCUGGUGCUGGUGCCGGUGCGGGUGUUGGUGCGGGUGGUGUUGGGGGUGUGGGUGGGGGUGGGAUGGGGAUGCACACCCCUUCCACCAGUCGCUCUGGCAGCGGGCGCAUGAUAGGGCUUCCCUACGCUUCCAGUUCCGCCUCUGUGGGCGGAGCUGCUGGGGGCGGGGCGGGUGCCGGCGGCGGAGCUGGCAUGGGGGCGGGCGGAAGGGGCGGGGGCGCGUUUUCCAUGGAUAUUCCCGCGUCCCCCAGCCACGGGAACGAGUACUGCUCGUCGAACGCAGGCGGGAACGAGUCCGGGGCGUUCGUGGGCGGCGGGAGGCGCGGGGAGGAGGGCGAGGAGGACGAGUAUGAGAGCGGUUCAGAGCGGUUCGGCGAGGAGGGGGAUUCGGCUGUGAACUGGACGCAGCUGGAUCUGCCUGCGGGUGGCGGCAGGGGCGUUGGCGGCGGGAUGGACGGUGGUGGCCUGGGGGUGGGUCAGCAGCAGGCAGUGCAGCAGCAGCAGUUGAGGCUGCUGCAACAGCAGCUGCUGCAGCAGCAGCAGCAGCAGGCGCCGCCGCCGCAGCAGCAGGUGGCAGGGGGAAUGACGGAUUUCAUGGGGUUGUCGUCGCACGGCAGCCUGGGUGUCACGGGGCCGGCUGAUCCCCUCUUGCAGCAGGUGAGUCGAGUUGUGAGUCAACUUAAAGCAGAUGGGUGGGUGUUGAGUCGACUCAAAGCAGCAGGUGGCGGGGGGGAUGACGGAUUUCAUGGGGGGCUGUUGUCCAGCUCUAACAACCAGCAGCAGCAGCUCUCGAGGCUGCUGGAGCAGCACCAGCAGCAGCAACAGCAGCAGCACCAGCAGCAGCAGAGGGACAUGCAGUCGCUCCUGCGAGACACAGUGGUGCUCGACGAGCUCAUCAAGGCGUCAGGCCUCGCAGGCUCUUUCGGAGCAGAUGGCACAGCAGGCGCAGGUGCUGCUGGUUCGGGGAAUGCUGCACUGCCGGCAGCAGGAGCGGCAGGAGCAGCGGGAGCAGCAGAGGCGCAGCUGAAUUCGCUCAUGUAUGCUCGCUCAGGCUCCUCCGGUCCACACACAGACCUGUCAUCGCUGCUCCUGCAGACCCUUCCUCUCAACGAGGCAGGCAGGGAAGCAGCCUUCAGCGGAGGCGGCGCCUCCGGCUCCCCUCGAGCCAUUGCUGCCGCCACCGCCGCCGCCGCCGCCGCCAUAGCAGCCGCCGCAGCUCCGGCCGUGCCUCCCGAGAGCUGGCUCGGCGCGUACCCUCCGGAGCUCCGAAGCUCGGGAGGCUCGGGGCGGCCGGGAUUCUCGAAUAUGUUUGAUGAGAUGCAGACGGACGGGGCGAACAGGAGCUUGUCUGGGUUCCCCCUGCCGCCCAGCGGCAGCAGCAUGCCUAAGAGCGGCAGCAUCCCUCAGAGCGGCAGCAUGCCCAACGAGCCUGCGCUGUUUCGGAAGCUGGACAGCUUUGGCGAGUGGAUCGAGGAGGUUUAUAAAGGGGACGGUGGUGGUGGAGGGGGCGGGGGAGCAGGCGGGGAUGGGGCAGGAGUGGGAGAGGACGCGGUUAUGGGAGGGGGCGCCUUCCCUCUCUCUGCUUCUGGUGCUGGUGGUGGCAGUGGUGGCGGCGGUGGCGGUGAAUUUGGCAGUGGUGGCGGCGGUGGCAGCGGUUUUAGCAGUGGCAAUGACGCGUUUGACAUGAAAACCAGCCAGGCCAUGCGGAGGUCUGCCCCCACGCCCUCCCCUCUCUCCUCCCCCGAGCCGUUCCCCUCCUCCCCCACCUCCUCCGGUAUGCACUCCCCCUCGUUUGGGGGCGCGGAGACGGGGUUGGAAAGGCAGGAGAUGAGCUUCAAGCUAGGGGUGAAGGAGGAGGUGGGAGGGGACGGCGAGGAGGAGCAUGGUGUAGGGCUGGGAGGCAGCAAGUAUGAUCUGUCCUUCAUGGGUGCGUCUCCAAUGCUUCCUCUCGGUAGCACAGCUCCUGCUGCUGCUGCUAGUGGCGGUGGGGUGUCUGGAGUGGGGGCGGGAGCGGGGGGAGGAGGAUGGGGAGGAGGAGGGGGUGUGGGGGGAGGAGGAGGAGCAGGACUGGGGGCGAGGAGGGGGAUAGGGGGCGGGAUGCUGUCGAUGGGGGGUAUGGGGUCCAUGGGGGGCAUGGGGUCGAUAGGGGGUAUGGGGUCGGUGGCAGCAGCAGACUCGCCGCGCCCGAUGGUGACCUUCUCCAUUGCCGACUAUGCUCCCACCUCUGCUGCUACCAUGGGUGGGGUCAAGGUGCGUACUGGUGCUGCUGGUGGUUGUGGUGGUGGUGGUUGUGGUGGUGGUGCGCAGGUGCUGCUAGCAGGCUCUGUGCACGACCCCAGAGGCACCCCAAGCCCCCACACGCGCUCCUCCCCCCGCGCCAGCCUCUCAGGCAGCGGCAGCCUUAGUGGGGGCGGGGGUAGUUUCGGUGCCGGGGGCGGUCUUGGGGGGGGCGGGCUUGGGGGGGCCGGCAGCGGGAGCUUCGGGCGAGGGGACACGGUGUGGGGCGUGCGGUGGGGGGUGACGUUUGGAGAGGUGGAGGUGGAAGCUGAGCAGGUUGUGCACGGUGUACUGCGGUGCGUGGCUCCCAUUCACAAGCAGGGGCGGGUGAGCCUGCGUGUCACCUGCACCCCUGCUGCUGCUGUCACUGCUCCUGCGGGUGAAGGUGAGGGUUGUGGGUCCGCGGGUGUGGACAAUGGAGGGGGUGGAGAUGCUAUGAAUCAAGACAUGGCAGUAGCAGGCGGGGGUGGGGGGGCAGGGUUUGGAGCAGCAGCGGGAGGAGGAGGGGUAGGAGGAGAGGGAGGGAAGGCGAUGAAGAGAGUGCCUUGUAGCCCUCCUGUUCCCUUUGACUUUCUCCCUCCUUGGCAGUCUUUCAAAAAGAGCCUGGCCUUAGACCGAAACAGAACCUUUGCCAAGAGUGGUCUUGGUGCUGCUGCUGCUGGUUCUGUUGCUGGUGCUUCUGGUGGUGAAGGGGAUGGUAGCAGACCGAGUCUCUCCCGCCUGUUUCUCUCUGAGCGCGCUCUGCUCUGCCGCCUCCUCGGCUUCAUCUCCCGCAUCAACCGUGCCAGCCUGGCGGACGUCAGCGCUGACUGGGCGUGGGUGGAUGAGGCGCUGGCGUCCACGUCAGCAGCAUGCCCGGAUGAAGCUGAUUGGAGGGGCAGACUGGAUGGGAACAGGGGGGAGGACGUGGCGGGGAGGGAGGGAAUGGGGGUGGAUAGAGAGGAGGAAGAGGAUGAGGAGGAGGAUGAAGAGAGAGAGAUGAACAUGUGGGGGUAUGGGAGUGACGAGGAGGAUGCAGACGAAUAUGCUCUCAGGCUGCAAUGUCAAGGAGGGGCUGAUACAGAGAGAGGAGGAGGAGGAGCGGGAGGGGGAGGAGGAGGAGUGGAGGGAGGAGUCGGGGGGGUCCAAGGGAGUCCAGUGCGGUUGGAGGGCGUGCUGCUGCAGGCGCUGAUGCGGAAGCAUCUGGGCCGUUGGUUGGCGCUGAACAGCGAUGCAGCGAGGGAGGCGGGCAGGAGGGGCAUGGGGCUGGGCUUGGGGCAUCUUGUGGCGGCACUGGGGUGGCCGUGGGCUGUGCCUCUGCUCAUGGCUGUGGGGUGGGACUUGAACGCAAGGGACAAGCGAGGCUACUGCCAUUUGCACUCAACUUCUCCUUCCCUCAUCCCAUCCCGGGCCCCACUCCCUCCUCCCCGCCCGUCCACCUGGAGGGAAGCAAUGGUGGUGGUGCUGGUGGCAGCGGGUGCCAGCGCUUCUCGUGAGGCGCCUCAAAAGGACACUCCUCCCUCUUUUUCUCUCCGCCCACCUCCCUGCAGAGAUGCAACGGUGGUGGUGCUGGUGGCAGCGGGCGCCAACGCUUCACUUGAGAGAGGCAAUGGUGGUGGCAGCGGGCGCAAACGCUUCUCUCUCUCCUUUCCUUUUUACCUCUCUCUUCUCCGGGGCGGAUUAGAGGCAAUGGUGGUGGCGCUGGUGGCAGUGGGCGCCAACGCUUCUCUUGAGGUGCCUCAAAAGGACUUCCUUCCCAUUUUUCCCCUUUCCCUCCUUGCCCUCGCUGUUCUCUCUGCCCGCCCUCCUGCAAUGGUGGUGGCGCUGGUGGCGGCGGGAGCCAACUCCUCUCUCCUAGCUCGAGUGGCCGGGGCGGAGCGAACGGCAGCAGACACAGUGACAGCGUGCGGCCACACGAGCAUCGCGGCAUAUCUAGCAGAGUCGUCUCUCAACGCCUCCCUCUCCUCCGCCAUUCCCCUCGCAAUGGUGGUGGCGCUGGUGGCAGCGGGCGCCAACGCCACUCUGCUGGCGCGAGUGGGAGGGGUGGAGCGCACGGCAGCAUACACAGCAUCCGCAUGCGCCCACACGGGCAUUGCGGCCUAUCUAGCAGAGUCGUCUCUCAACGCCUCCCUCUCCUCCCCGCACCCGUCGGAAGCAAUGGUGGUGGCGUUGGUGGCGGCGGGCGCCAACGCCACUCUGCUGGCGCGAGUGGGAGGGGCGGAGCGCACAGCAGCAGACACGGCGGCAGCAUGCGCUCACACGGGCAUCGCGGCCUAUCUAGCAGAGUCGUCUCUCAACGCCUCCCUCUCCUCCAUGACAAUUCAGGACCAGCACCAGCUGGCUACCGAUCCUACUCUUCUCCAAUCCGCCGCUGCUGCCGGUCACGCAGCCGUGGCAGCAGCAGCAGCAGGUGCCAGCAGUGGUGCCAGUGCUGUUGCUGUUGCUGCUGGUGCCGCUGCUGCCGGUGGUCUCCCGGGUGCGGCUCGUCCCGCUUCUGUCGCUGCAUCGCCCGACAUGCAAGAAACGCUGGAUGCGAUUCGAAGGACGGCGCAAGCCGCAGCGUUGAUCCAGGAGCGGUUCAGGAAGCACUCAGAGCGAAGGAGGCAGCAGCAGGAGGAGGAGGAGGAGCUUCGGGAGCAGGAGAGAGCAGUGGCGGCAGCAGCAGAGGCCGCGGCAGGGCUGGGGAUCGGAGGGGACGAUGAGUUGGAUGAGGAGGAGGCGAGAAUGCUGGUUGCGGCAAGGAAGAUUCAGAACGCGUUCCGAGGGCACAAGACCUUCAAGCAGUCAGAGGCGGCGCGGAGCAUUCAGAGGCGGUUCCGCACGUGGAAGCACCGCAGGGAGUUCCUGCGCAUGCGACAGCGCGUGAUCAAGAUUCAGGCGCACGUGAAGGGGCACAUCCAGCGGGUAAAGUACAAGAAGAUGAAGUGGGGCCUGGGGAUCAUCGCCAAGGCAGCGCACGUGAAGGGGCACAUCCAGCGGGUGAAGUACAAGAAGAGGAAGUGGGGCCUGGGGAUCAUCGCCAAGGCAGCGCACGUGAAGGGGCACAUCCAGCGGGUGAAGUACAAGAAGAUGAAGUGGGGCCUGGGGAUCAUCGCCAAGGCGGUCCUGCGCUGGCGGUUCCGCCGCAGCGGCGUGCGCGGGCUCCGAGCCUCCCAGCAGGAGGGUGGGGAGAUGGGGGGUGGUAAUGGGGAUGGGGAGGAGAGAGAGGUGAGCUUGGCGGUGAGCCGGAUGCAGGCGAUGGCUCAUUCGGUGGAGGGCCGGGCGCAGUAUUCUAGGAUGAAGCAGGCUCAGAUUGACAUGCAGCAGGAGAUUCAGAUGCAGCAGAUGCAGAUGCAACAGAUGCAGAUGCAGCAGCAGCAGCAGCAGCAGCAGCAGCAGAUGUUAAUGCAGCAGCAGGCGCAGGAGCAGCAGCAGUAUUCUGGCUUGUCCAGUUUCUCAAACCAACAUCAACAGCAACAGCAGCAGCAGCAGCAAGUGCCUGACCUUUUGCAGCAAGCUCACCUGUUAACGCAGCAGCAGCACCAGGGGUCAGAGCAGCAAUGGAACCAGUAA